ACUUAGUCGGUAGUACCGAGGCUUGCGCGCUGCUCGGCUCUGCGUCUGAUUACGCGCAUGGCUCAUAUCGAGACAGAUAAAGAAAUUCUUAUGUGAUGUUAGUAAACAAAAAGUGUAUAAAUAAAAAGCGUGGCGUUUUUCUUUUGUCAGUCUUACAGUGAACCUUAACUGUUGACAAUGUCACUUCUAGCAGUUUUUCUUUUCUCACGUUAUAUGGAAAACUUAUGGAGGAUGUCACCUCCACUAACGGAUUGGACCGGCUUGGGGAUCCCAACAUUGAUUCUGUUGGUGACAGCGCUGCUGGUGGCCGCCGCAGCCCUCUUAACUCGGGUCGUAGAUCCUAAGGAAGACAUCUGCCUGCCCGGUCCGCCAGCGCUGCCAUUCUUAGGCACAAGAUGGCUCUUCUGGAGCAGAUACAAAAUGAAUAAGUUACACGAAGCAUACGAAGACAUGUUCAGGCGUUACGGGCCGGUGUUCGUGGAAAGAGCGCCAGGGGGCACCGCUGUGGUAUCAAUAGCUGAACGGGCUGCGCUCGAGGCUGUGCUCCGGACACCAGCGAAGAGGCCAUACCGUCCACCUACAGAAAUAGUGCAGGUCUAUAGGAGGAGUAGACCAGACAGAUAUGCUUCUACGGGACUUGUUAAUGAGCAAGGAGAGAAAUGGUACCACCUUCGUCGUAAUCUCACAGCGGAACUCACGAGUCCUCACACAAUGCAAGGCUUUAUUCCUGAGUUGAACAAUAUUUGUGACGACUUCUUAAAUCUUCUGCAUUCUUGUCGAAAACCUGACGGGACUGUUCACGGCUUCGAUCAGCUUACCAACAGGAUGGGACUGGAGUCUGUCUGCGGUUUGAUGCUGGGAUCUCGUUUGGGAUUUUUAGAGCGGUGUAUGUCGGAUAGAGCAGCGACCCUGGCUACAGCUGUCAAGGCCCAUUUCAGGGCACAGAGGGACUCCUACUACGGUGCUCCACUGUGGAAGUUCGCGCCGACCAAACUGUACAAAACAUUUGUUAGGAGUGAGGAAACAAUUCACACGAUAGUAUCAGAUCUAAUGGAGGAAGCAACGAUGCGGAUGCAAGGAACGGCGCAGGACGAUGGUAUGCAGGAAAUAUUUAUGAAGAUACUGGAGAAUCCCUCGCUUGAUAUGCGGGAUAAGAAAGCCGCCGUCAUAGACUUUGUUACGGCUGGCAUUGAAACGUUGGCAAACAGUCUAGUGUUCCUCUUGUACCUAUUAAGUGGUCGGCUGGAUUGGCAACAGAAGAUCCGCUCAGAGUUGCCUAAUUGCGAGGUGCUCCGUGCUGAGGAGAUGGCCGCCGCGCCGGCUAUCCGAGCUGCUACCUAUGAAGCUUUCAGAUUGUUACCUACUGCACCAUUUCUAGCGAGACUUCUAGAUGUGCCAAUGACUAUUUCCGGGCACAGAUUGCCGGCUGGGACAUUUGUACUAGCUCAUACGGGGGCAGCUUGCCGACGCGAGGAGAAUUUUUGGAGAGCGACAGAAUAUCUACCAGAAAGGUGGUUACGUACGCGUGAGCCUCAUGCCGCCUCUUUAGUGGCACCUUUCGGUAGAGGACGAAGAAUGUGCCCCGGGAAGAGAUUUGUUGAGCUGGAAUUACACUUACUUCUUGCCAAGAUUAUGCAGCGAUGGAAGGUGCAGUUCGACGGCGAAUUAGACAUACAAUUUGAUUUCCUACUGUCGCCUAAAUCUCCUGUAUCUCUGCGACUAGUCGAGUGGUAGAAAACCAAUAAAUUAUAGUAUAACUGUUACUUUUUAAGAAACGAUAUUAUUUAGAUUAACUGGACUGAACGCAAUAUCGUUGCUUACAAUAUUACAGUAGAAGAAUAUACCUACAUUCGAAUAUUAUUACAAUUGUUCAAUAUUUAAAUUUAAAAAAUCCUUGACGUAGUCGGAUAUUGUUUUCCUUGAUUUUAGCACAAUAGCUGACUGAAAAUUAAUUGCAAAUUUCCUGUUAAUUGCAAACGGCGAUAUAACACGUUCUUCGACCAAACUUCUCAUCAGAGGUUUUUAUAAGUGUCAAGUGACGAUAGCAUGGAAAGACUUUUUGAGCUGAAUUUAAUUAUUUCAGUUUAAAAAUUCUCUUUAGAUAAAUAAGAUGACUAACGAAGGAAACUGAUGACAUCAUUAUGAACAAUUUUAUUAUUUAGUCCAAAUCCAAAAGUAUGAAAAGAAAUCGUGAAGCGCAGUCUACAACUCCUAUGUACAGUUCACACCCAGUAGUCGAUAAAGAUUAAAAAUUUCAAGACCCCUAUACAUCGUCAUAUACAUACUUACCUAAGGCGUUGCAUAGUUAGCUAAUUUUGAUCUUUACUUUAUAUUUUAUUUUUAAACAAUUUUUAUAUAUGCAACUAUAUUUAGGGGUUUUGGAAAUCUAUGUUCAUUGAUUUUUGAUAUCGACUGUACGUAAAAGUGCCAAAGGGAAGUAAAAUUAAGUAUGAAAAGCAAUUAAUGGUCUAACUAGUCCUUUCCUUUCUAUGAUAAUUAAUAUUCAUAUCCCUUACAGUUAGACUUAUCAUAUUUGGUUGCCAUUAGAGUUUGAACAAUAAGUUCGAUUGUUACAGGGUAUUGGCACAGUCUGCUCAAAUUAUACACAUCUUUUUAGUAAGAUAAGAACUGUCCACAAAUUAUGAAAUAAGAUAUUAAUUUUAUAUUUUAAUAUUUAAUUAAUUGCUACAACUAGUUAUAACCUAACAAUAUUAUAAAAUAUGGCUGUGUUAAUAUCAAAAAUCAUAUUUAGGUAUAUGAAUUUAAUUAUAAACCGUAAAUACCUCUUGUCGAUAAGACUGCGUACUGCCAGCAUAUGCAUUUGUCAGCAUUUAUGAUAAUUAUAUUAAAUAUGCAUUGCUUGAGUAAGUAUAAUAUAAGCAUAUUUAUAGACAUAUGUAAGUUAAUAUUAUUGAUUGUGGUCGUUUCAUUUUAUUUUUCAUUUCUUCAUUUUAAGGUGGAGCUAGAUUAAAAAACGUUCGGUAUUUGUCCUUACUUUAUGAACUGGCAUUAAUUUUUUACUUAACCUCUUUUGCUCUUUUAUUUUUAUACCUUAUCAAAGUCCAUGUUCUUGUUCUUUUUCCAGGCUCUAUAAUUUUUUACCCUAAUUCCACCUUUAGAUGUUAGCCCAAUAUAAAAGUGGCCAUUCUUUAAUUUAAUGUUACAUCGAUUGUAAAUAUUUACGGUAGUAUGAUUAUUUAGUUGUUUGAAUGUUUAAUAAUGACUUGUAUUAGAAUUUUAAUUAUAAACUGGUAUU